AUGCCUCCCAUAAACGCACCCUUAGUGGACAUUGAUCCCUCCAGAAUUAAUAUUAUUAGGGAGAUUGUGCAAUCUGACGCGUCUUCAAUAUUCGAGGCAUACGAGAAGCUCUUUACUUCUGGUGUCUGUGAACGCCGCUUCGUUCCAAACUUCUACGGCUACAUCAAUGAAAUGGAUCCGGAUGCAUUCCAUCCUACUCUCCAAGGUUUCGCCAAAGACAAGUUAAAGCCGAGUGCAAUAUUGCUAGAAUAUCUCCCAGAUACAGAGAGCUUAAACUGCGUGAACUACUCAGAUACGCUGUAUUCCCAGGCAAUCGAGGGUAUGAAGGCAGAUACACAACUGGUCUGGAUUGACUUUGAUGUUGCAACGACCUUCACCAACUUUGGAUCUGAACAGAAGGCGCUCUGUGACCACGAAAUUGCGCUUGUAAAGGGGCUUGGGGAUGCACUAAAAGAUGACCAGGAUAAUGGACUCCCCCCGAAUACAAAGUUUUAUUGA